AAUGCAAUCAUAACAACUUAAAUUUUAUGCUAAUAAAUGUGCGCUAAUUUGAAACAAAACUAUUGAAAAACAGUGCUGAACAAGUGCCGAUUAUAUUACAUGUGAAAUUUGGUGCGAAAGUUUUGUGAAAAUGGCCACAAAUAUGUAUCGAGUCGGAGACUACGUCUACGUUGAGACAACGCCGAAUAGUCCCUUCCUGAUACGCCGCAUCGAGGAGCUGAAUAAAAACCAAACCGGCAAUGUGGAGGCAAAGGUCAUGUGUUUCUACCGGCGUCGUGAUCUGCCCAACCCGCUUGUACAGCUGGCCGAUAAGCAUCAACUGGCAACAGCCGAGGAUUCGCCGCUGGCAACGAAACUGAAGAAAACCUGGCUUAGAACACCGGUGGGCGAGGAGCAGGCGGCGCAAGCUGUGCUCGAUCCCUCAAUAGCUGCACUCGAAGAGGAACGCACCAGUCCAACGCAUGCGUCCGCCGGCGCCACCACCGGCAAUUCCAGCACCAAUAACAAUACCAACAACAAUAAUAACAAUAACAACAACAGCAGCAGCAACAACAGCAACAGCUCUGCGAGCGGUGCUGCUGCAACAGCGGGUGGCGGUGGUGGUGGUGGUGAUGGAGAGAAGAGCGAAGCGCUAACCAGCAAACAGCGAUACCAGAUCAAGCAUCGCGAACUGUUUCUAUCGCGACAAGUUGAGUCGAUACCCGCCACACAAAUCCGAGGGAAGUGCUCCGUGACGCUGCUCAACGAGACGGAGUCACUGCAAAGCUAUCUCAAUAAAGACGACACAUUCUUUUACUGUCUGGUCUUUGAUCCCAAUCAAAAAACGUUGCUUGCCGAUAAGGGCGAGAUACGUGUCGGCAGUCGUUAUCAGUGUGAUAUACCCGCUAAGCUAAAGGAUACCGCCACGGAUGAGCGUAAGCUGGAGGAGCUUGAGUCACUGGUAUGGACGCCCGAGCACAGUUUGACUGAUCGUAAGAUCGAUCAGUUUCUUGUCGUGUCGCGUUCCAUUGGCACCUUUGCCCGCGCCCUCGACUGCAGCAGUUCGGUGAAGCAGCCUUCAUUGCAUAUGUCAGCAGCGGCGGCCAGUCGAGACAUCACCCUGUUUCACGCCAUGAACAUUCUGCACAAACACGAAUAUUCAAUUGAGGAGUCCAUGUCCUCGUUAGUUCCUUCCACUGGGCCAGUACUCUGUCGCGAUGAAAUCGAAGAUUGGAGCGCAUCGGAAGCUAAUCUGUUUGAGGAGGCGCUAGAUAAAUAUGGCAAAGACUUUAAUGAUAUACGACAAGAUUUUCUUCCGUGGAAAACGCUAAAGCAGAUCAUUGAAUACUACUAUAUGUGGAAGACCACCGAUCGUUAUGUGCAGCAGAAACGCGUUAAGGCCGUCGAAGCGGAACUUAAGCUCAAACAGGUCUACAUACCGCAAUAUAAUAACAAUGGCAAAGGCAACGGCACCAGUGUGAAGGCGGCCAACGUUUCAGGUGGCAUCUAUAAUGGCACCACCAAUGGCGGCGCCGACUUGUCCAACAAUGGCAAACCCUGCGAAUCGUGCGGAACAACAAAAUCAUCACACUGGAAUUCCUUUAGCAAUGGCCACCUACCUUGUCGACUGUGUCAGAGUUGUUGGGACUAUUGGCGAAAAUACGGUAGUAUGAAGUCGGCGAAUAAGGGCGAUGCCAACGAUGGGGAGGCUAAGAAAAAGGCUGCCAUUGCAGCGAUUCCAGUUGCAGCGGUAACUGCAACCGGCGUCACCACAGUGGUAGAUCUUAAUGAUGACGAGAAAGUUAGUGAUCUGAGCAAUCGUCAAUUGCACAGGUGUUCCAUUGUCAACUGUGGCAAAGAGUUCAAGUUAAAGACCCACCUGGCGCGCCACUAUGCGCAAGCGCACGGCAUCGCCAUCAGUUCGGGUUCGCCGCGGCCCAUCAUGAAGACGCGCACUGCCUUCUAUUUGCACACGAAUCCAAUGACGCGUGUGGCUCGCAUUGUCUGCCGGAGCAUUGUGAAGCCCAAGAAGGCGGCGCGGCAGAGUGCAUAUGCCAUCAAUGCGCUCUUGGUCAAGCAGGAAUUUACGAAUCGUAUUAGCGGCAAAUCGCAGACGGAAAUUAAAAAGAUGCUUUUGCUCAAGCCCAAGGAUCGUGGCAGCGUCACAAAAAUAGCAAAUCGUUUGGGCGCACCGGGCAGCGGUCCACACGAAUGGCUGGUGCUGACGCCCAAGGAUAAAAUGCCACAGCCGGUUGUUGUCUCAUUCCCCAAGCCGCCGAAGGCGCCUGACGGCAGUUUACUCUACGAACGUGUGCCCAAUAAAACGCCCGAUGUGGUCGCCGUGCCCGUAACGGCUGACAAAGAACUAUCAAUAAUUCCAGCGCAGGCAACAUCUACGAUACGCAAGCGUGCGCACGAGGAACAGCAACUCAAUGGUACCGAAGUGACCAUUGUGCCCAGUGGACCACCUGCCAAACGCCCCAACAAGGAUCCUAUGCCCUCGCAUUGCCCCAGUCCCGAACAGUUUGCCGCAAUGAUGGCGGCAUCGGGCCAGCCGCUCUCCAGACAUCACCUAAACGGCAAGCAGAAGAUUGCGCAAAUGGCACGUGGUGGCAACGGACGUAAGCAAGUCAUUAGCUGGAUGGAUGCACCGGAUGAUGUUUACUUUAGGGCUACGGACGUACACAAAAAAACACGAAAAAUACUCUCAGCUGUGGAUUUGCGUCGAGCGGCGCGCAAGCCAUGGCGCUCACUGCCCAUCAAGUCAAUGGCCCCUGAGCCGAGUAGCAAACCUAUUGAAUCACAAAUCGUUAUACUGGACUGACCGUCGACGGCAGAUAUAUUAGCAUCAGCAUCAGCAACAACAAAAACAACAACAGAAGCAACAACAGCAAGAUCAGCAACAGUAACGGCAGCAGCAGCAACAGCGACAAAGUUGAUGUCAUAUUCAGUCAACAGAUUUGAACAGCAACAUCCGCCAUUUCCAUAUACAAUGGAUGCAUUGCUAAACUAAUGACCCAGAUUCUGUCUUUAGUGGCUUGCCAUGUACAUACAUACAUCCAUACAUACACUUAAAAUCACACACUCCUUGCAUGCAUACAACAAAGAGAAAACAAACAAACAAACAGACCCCCGCAUACAUAGUACAUAGACAUACAUACAUCAUACAUAGUGUAGGCAAGUGUUGCAGCAUCCACUAUACAUCAUAUGCCGUUGGUAAAACCCCCCUCCCUAUUUCACUAGCAGAAAACCAACAACUGACAGCAACAAGCAAAAACCACUUUACUAGCGCUUAAAUAAAUGUCUUUUAAAAAAACAUAAACAAAUAGUAAGAUAGUAAGUGUUAAGAUUUAAAGCAAUAGUAAGCACAACGCGAAACAAAUCAAAUAUUUAUUAAUAAUUUACAUAAUUUUUACCUUUUUUAAUCUCAAUAUAACGUACACAAAGAAAAACCACAAUUUUGACUACAAUUUUGGACAUGCAUGAAACUCAAGGAAUACGAUCAUUGUUUCUAUAUUAUUUUAUGUGUUGUAGGCAUUUUAUAAAAUAUAU